CAUCAACACUAACAACCAGCAGACAAACAACAAGCCCAUUUUUGUUUCCAGACCUUCAAAUUUAGCUAAAAACAUUUAAAAAGUCAACCCAUAAUUAGCAAAAAAUGGAUCACAACCAAGAAAUUGAUGUUCCACCAUUUUUCUUGUGUCCAAUUUCAUUGCAAAUAAUGAAAGAUCCAGUAACAGUUUCAACAGGAAUUACUUAUGAUCGUGAAAAUAUUGAGAAAUGGGUAUUCACCAACAAUAAUAGUAUUUGUCCAGUUACCAAACAACCCCUUAAUAUUGAUAGUCCUGAUAGUUUUCUGACACCCAACCACACUCUUAGACGCCUUGCUCAGUCUUGGUGUACUCUGAACGCUUCUAACGGCGUUGAACGGUUCCCUACACCAAAGCCACCGGUGACAAAAGCUCAGGUACUUAAGCUUAUUGAUCAAUCCUCUAAUUCAUCAGCUCAUCGACUUGUUAUGAAUCUUGAAAAGAUAAAGUGUAUUGCUUAUGGAAGUAGUGGUAACAAGCGUUGUUUAGAGACCACCCCUGGUGUUGCCGAUUUCUUAACGCGUCUUAUUAUCCUUGGCCAAAACGACGACGUUGAUAAUAAAUGUUCGAGUAGUGUAAGUGAUGAAGCAUUGAGGAUAUUAGCUCAUCUUCAGAUAUCUGAUGAGACAGUUUUAAAGAAGAUGUUGAAUGAGAAUAAUUUGUUAGAUUCAUUGGUGAGAAUAAUGCAGAAGAAUAGCUACGAGUCACGAGCUGAUGCUGUUGGUAUAAUGAAGUUGUUAAUACAAGUAGCUGAACCAACACAAGUAGUUUCUCUAACACGCCAACAUUUUGAAGAAGUAGUACAACUAAUCAAGCUUAAGGAUGAUGUUUCCCCAAAGUCUACCAAGGCCGCGCUUAAAGUGUUGGCUUUGGCAUGUCCAUGGGGUAGGAAUAGGAUUAAGGUUGUUGAAGCUGGUGCAGUACAAGUAAUGGUUGAACUUUUAUUAGAGUCUAAUGACAGGAGAACUAGUGAGAUGGUGUUAGCUGUGUUAGAACAACUAAGUGGUUGUGCUGAAGGUAGGGCUGAACUUCUAAGUCAUGCCGCGGGUUUAGCAGUUGUGUCAAAGAAGAUAUUAAGAGUCUCACACUUUGCAACGGAGAGAGGUGUCAAGAUAUUGUUCGCCAUUGCAAAAUACUCGGGAAGUCCGAGUGUGGUGCAGGAGAUGAUACAGACAGGGGUUGUCACAAAGUUGUGUUUGGUAUUGCAAGUGGAUUGUGAAGCAAAGACAAAAGAGAAAACUAGAGAGAUCUUAAAGAUGCAUGCUAGGGCUUGGAAGAACUCUCCUUGUGCUCCUGCUCAUGUCUUUGGCUCUUUUUGAUUAAAUUCUAGCUAGCUAGUCCAAUUUAGAUUACAGAAUUAAUUGUCUAAAUUAUUUUUUGGAUGUACAUAAUAGGAUAUAUUGUCCUUUGCACAUUAUUAUUAUGUUAACUUAGAUAUAAAUCAAAUUUAAUUGGAGUAACAAUUUUAAGUACUCCAAUUCUUUAUACAUAACAACUUCUUUCCCACCAACAA